AGUUUGCAGCUGUAGACUAGGAUCCUGAGCUUUAUUUCUACUUGCUUCCAUUCGUGUAGCUUCCUUUUCAGUAGUGAUGGCAUCAUCUGUUGUGUCUCUUCUAUGACAUUUCUGCUCACAUAAGACCAACAAGCAAAAAGUGCCUAGCAUUGGAAGACCUCAGUUUGCAGUGGAGUUCUGCCCUCACAAUGGAUGAAGAAGGGUGCAAGUGGAAAGUCUCCCAGCAAGGGGAAAACCAAAGGCGACUCUACCGAGAACUUCUGAAAAACUACAAUCGCUUGGAGCGGCCUGUCAUGAAUGAUUCACAGUCCCUUGUAGUAGAGCUGCAGUUGUCGUUGCUACAAAUAAUCGAUGUGGAUGAAAAGAACCAGGUCUUGAUAACAAAUGCAUGGUUACAGAUGUCCUGGAUUGAUGUGUACUUGAAGUGGGACCAGAAUGAAUAUCCAGGCGUUCAGAACUUACGAUUUCCAUCUGAUCAGAUUUGGGUGCCAGACAUUCUUCUGUAUAACAGUGCAGACGAGAGAUUUGAUGCAACAUUUCAUACCAACGUUCUGGUAAACUACUCAGGAUCUUGUCAGUAUAUACCUCCAGGCAUCCUGAAGAGCACGUGUUACAUUGAUGUUCGCUGGUUUCCUUUUGAUGUACAGAAAUGUAAUUUGAAAUUUGGAUCAUGGACACACAAUGGAUGGCUGCUUGAUCUACAGAUGUUGGAGGCCGAUAUUUCCAAUUACAUAUCAAACGGCGAAUGGGAUUUAGUUGGCGUACCAGGAGAAAGGAAUGAACUGUACUAUGAAUGCUGCAAAGAGCCGUAUCCCGAUGUGACUUACACAGUGACAAUGCGCCGGCGCACCCUCUACUAUGGCUUGAAUUUGCUGAUUCCCUGCGUCCUGAUCUCAGGCUUAGCCCUGCUUGUCUUCUUGCUGCCAGCUGACUCUGGGGAAAAAAUAUCUUUGGGUAUUACAGUCCUCUUGUCCCUGACGGUGUUCAUGCUGCUCGUAGCAGAGAUCAUGCCUGCGACUUCAGAUUCCGUUCCUUUAAUAGCUCAGUAUUUUGCAAGCAUCAUGGUGAUUGUUGGCUUAUCGGUGGUGGUGACGGUUUUGGUGCUCCAGUUUCAUCAUCACGACCCUCAAGCAGGCAAGAUGCCACGAUGGGUCCGUGUUAUUUUGCUGAACUGGUGCGCCUGGUUUCUGAGAAUGAAAAAACCAGGGGAGGGCAUAAGACCUCUUUCUUGCAAAUACUCUAGACACCAGUCAAGUGUCAGUAGUGUGGAGAUGAAUAUCUUACCGGGACAUCAGUCGAGCAACGGUAAUGUCAUGUACAGCUACCACGCUAUGGAAAACCCCUGCUGCCCCCCAAACAGUGACGUGGGCCUCAAGGGAGGGAAGGGCCCUGACUCUUUACCUGAAGACACUGAACUCCUGCAACAGAAAGCUUUAAUGGACACUAUCCCAGUGAUCGUAAAAAUCCUGGAAGAAGUUCAGUUCAUUGCGGCUCGUUUCCGAAAACAGGACGAAGGGGAAGAAAUCUGUAGCGAAUGGAAGUUUGCGGCAGCAGUCAUAGACAGACUGUGCCUUGUGGCAUUCUCGCUCUUUGCCAUCAUCUGCACGCUCACAAUACUGAUGUCUGCGCCAAAUUUCAUUGAAGCUGUUUCAAAAGAUUUUACAUAAGGAUCCCGGAAACUCACCCAUCGACCCACCUGAUCCUGAAGUGUAAUUUGGAUAUUAUGAAUCGACGGCAUAAGGGAUGCUAUACAGUGUGGUUGGAAAUAGGGAAGUCUGUUUCCUGUGCUGGUUUCAACAGAGGAAAGGAGCUGGAAUGAAUUUUCACAUUCAGUUGCCAUGCGUGUGCGCGUGUGCGUGCGCAUGCGUGUACACACACACACGCACACGCACACAAUGUCAGUGCUUAUAUAGGAUCAAGUACCUGACUUUGUUACCUGUUUCUUAUACAGUAUCUUCUCCCCAUUCUCUAACUAGUAGUAGACCAUGAACUAAGAUGUACAGUGUAUGUAUUACCAAAUUAAUAGUUAAGUCUGUGUACCACCAGGAAAACACUAGUGAACAUUUUGCUGUUUCACAACAGCUGAGCUUCAUUGGUAAAAAAAAUCUUCCUAGAAACAUGCCAUUUGCUAAAUGUUAUCGUUUUUAGUAUUUAUUUAUUUAUUUUGUUUUGGCUCUGUGCUUCACACAGACUUCACCUAAUGCAUUACUCCAGUCCAGUCUUGAAUGAUAUUGUUAGCGGCACUUUGCCAAAGAAAUUGCAAGUUUUAGCUUUUAUUAUCCAUUUGAUAGCCUGAAAUAUUGCUCCGGUUUAUAUAAUAAUGUUCAUCUAAGUGCAACAGCUUUUCCCCCCUAAAGGGUUAAAAAUGUUUUCAAUGUCCACCAUGGUUCCCCCCACCCCCAUUAUAGGCAGUGCAACAAAAAUGAUUAGAUCAAGUGACGUCCGUAUCCUGGCCCUUUCCCCUUGGUUUGUGACCUACGGCAACAGAUUUUCUCCUUAUUUGUAUACACUUCCAAUUUCCUUUAAUCACAGGCGUCAGAUGACUCUUCCUAAUGCCUCAGCAGGGGUGGAGCGCUCACAGGGACAUGUGGGGUCACAUGUCCCUGGGCACAUGGCAACUGGUCACAUAGGGUCAGAGAAUCAACCCCUACACCCCCCUCCCCUUGGCCCCGCCAGGCUACUUUUUUGGCCAGUAGAGGCUUUGCCGACUGAAGGAGCAGCCUGGCAGGGCCAGGUCGAGGGGUGGCCCGCGGCAGUCUCCCAUCUCCCAUCGGAUAAGGUAAGUGGGCCGUGGGGGGCGGAAUGCCUGGAGCAGGUGUUGCCCCGGGUGCCAUUCCCCCCCACAUGCCUCUGUGCCUCGGAAUUACAGUCCCAUCUACUUGCACAAUACACAUGUGUAAGCAUGAAGGAUUAGGAAAGAUAGGUGUAAAUCAGAUCCCUAUUCAGCAGCACAGCUGAGCGUGCAUCCAAGCAAGAUGCGGUUUAUCAGCGGCACAUUGCUUUAAACAGGAUAUGAACUCCAACAUGUGUUUGAAUGCACAUCCCAUUCCACAUCUUCACAGUGUUCCUUGCACAUCAACACCUCAUUUAUGUAUGACUAGAGUUAAAGCAUAGCGGUUAUGUCCAGGUACAGUGAAAAAAAAUGUGAAGCCGUUUGCCGCAAAUGGCAAUGUGUAAACCGAGGUCCAGGUAACCCACUGAGUACCUAUUAAAAUAGUAACAAGGUGUGUGGCGGUUUUCUCGCAAUCACUCACAUCUGCUGGCACAAAGGUUAUUUUAUCUUCUAAAUGAAGUUUCAAAGAACCAGGCGACGAUGCGGCAAAUCACAUGAUUAGCUGAAGUCACAAAACUGUAGCUGCUUAUACCAAUUAGCUCUCCAUGCAAGGUUAAAAAAAUCAAAUUUGCACGUGUGUGGGGUGUGGUAAAAAGGAACGCACUAUUGUCGUAAUGGUCUCUUUUGUGAAACAUACAUUUUCAAAGGGGUUACGUUAAUGAAGGACAGCAAUUUUGGCACAAAUGCCCAGCGCUCCACAACCUCUGUCUGUGAAGACGAUGUCUACAGUCAAAAAGACAGGGAGAAGAGACAAGAAUUGUAUAAUACUUGGCCAGACCCAAAGGGGCCAGGCUGAGCUCUAGAAGCUUUGCCAAUGCCCUCAAGUUAACAGCUGGACCAGUCUCUUGGGUACAGAGAUACCAGGGCCCUGUCAGCCGAGCAAAAUGGUUUGGUGCGCUGUUAUUUGGAAUGCAUGCAAGGAGGGGGUGUUGCAGUACCCUGGGGUUAAGCUUUUCCAAGCUACCGGCUCAUCUGGACGAGGGAGACAAGCAAGCAUUCCUUGUGUAAAAAUAACCAAACAACUCUUUUUUUUCCUGAAAUAUUUAUUGUUUAAAUUUUACAGAUAAACCAGAAUCAACCACU